UUUCUUCUUCAUGUGUUUUUAUUAUGACGCUGUGCUGCUGCUCGUGCUGGUGCUGCACGUGCGGAACAUGCUGUGUGCCACGGGGAUUUGGUAUCAUCACUCCUGUUGAAGUUUUUUCACUUCAAACUUUGACUUUAAGGACAGUCAGUAGAGUCCACUCACAGAAGGAGUGCAUCAGAGCCAGCACCAGGGACACGCGCACACUCUGUGCUCGCGCAUGUGUGCUCGUGCAUCGGAGGCACAUGCUAAUAUGGAGAGCAUGCUAGCAACGACUUCAACUAGCGCCCUUGGAAAGCGGAAUGAGAAACUGAUUUCACCGCGGUGGACGGAACGAUGAAAACGCUCGUGUUUUUCUUCUUUUCUCUGGGUUGUUUUGGAGCAACACAACAGGAUGAGACUAAAGGUGUCUCCAGAACGUACGUCACAGAGGGGGAAGAUGCCGUCCUUCACUGUUCUUCAGUAGAAAGCCUUGAGAACACGGUGGUAGACUGGAAGAACCAAAAUAAAGAAGUGUUCCUCUACGACGGAGGCUGGCACUACGAGAACGGGCUGUGCUGUCAAGAUGAGCAGUACAUGGGACGAGCGUCACUUUUCUACGACGAGCUGAAGAACGGAAACGCAUCCUUGAUCCUCAACAACACAAGGAUUGAAGACACGGGGACUUACACCUGCACACUUCCACAUUUGAGUUCUGGAAUCCAAAGCUCCACGGUGGAGCUCAUCGUCGGUGUCUCCAGAACGUACGUCAAGGAGGGGGAAGACGUCGUCCUUCACUGUUCUUCUGGAGACAAUCAGAGUCUCAAAGACUCACUGAUAAGUUGGAAGAACAUAAAUGGUAAAGAGUUGUUCCUCUAUGAGCUCGGACAUCACACUGAGGACGGCUGGUGCUGUCAGGAUGAGCAGUACAGAGGACGAGUGUCACUUUUCUACGACCAGCUGAAGAACGGAAACGCAUCCAUGAUCCUCAGAGACACGAGGAUUGAAGACACGGGGAUUUACAACUGUGACCUUCCAGGUUUGAGUUCUGGAAGGCAAAUAUUCGCGAUGGAGCUCAUCGUCGGUGAGUCGUCGUCUUUUCUCUUCUCCCUUCAGGAGUCACCACAGCAG